UAAGGUCAUAAAUUGGCAUAUAUAAGACAGCUAAACCUUUACCAUUUUAUUAUAUUAUCAGUCUUUUCCUAUCAACAAGUACCAUGAAGACCAUUUCAACGUUACUUUUAGUCGCUUUCUUGGCUCUACUCUGGAGCUACGGGGAAGCCCAGCAAUGUCAGAAUUGUUCGCUCCGGAUAUGGAUUGUUUGUGGCCGUAAUAGAAACGGUAAUGAAAGAAGAUUCAGGAAUCUUUGUGUAAUGAACCAAUACAAUUGUUUGAAUGGAGAGAACUACAGCUUCGUGAGGAAUGGCAGUUGUCCAAAUGAAUUUUUUAAAUCCCAGAGCUAUGACGAAACAGAAUCCUUAGACCAAGUCAAGGCAUGUUCGACUUGUUCGGGCGACUUCGAACCACUUUGUGGUCGUAAUGAAAACGGAGAUAGAAGAACGUUCUCAAACACGUGUGCACUGAACCGAUACAAUUGUUUGACUGGAGAGGGUUACAAAUUCUUCAAGAACGGCCUUUGUUUUCAAAAGAAAGCACAUCCAAAUCUACCUGUCAGUGUGAAUUAAGAAAAUCCGAAGCUUGAUCUAAACGCUAUUUUUAACUUUCAGACAACAACAAUUAGUGCAAGAUGUUAAGUAGUUUAAUUUGGAUUUACAAAACUUUUACAAUAAAAUUAUUAGGUAUAUAUAUAUGCGAUACUAGAAAAGUGUACUUACUUGUUUAUUAAAUUUUCUUAAUAAUAAUAAAAUAUGCAUGUUUU